AUGCGCAUGAACUUGUUCCUCGCCUCUGCCCUCGCGGCUCUGGCUUCAGCUGCCGACCCCAGCACAACAACCAUCAGCUACUUCGCUAUCGAAAAUGGUCUGGACUAUGCUAGCGUAGGCGACUACUCCAGCACUGCUGCCCGCGUGAUUGGAAUCGACAAGUACGCCACCACCUACGAGGUUGCCUGCAUGAAAGACGCAGACAAGUGCGCAAUCCACCACCCCUUGACCAUGAUCCAGGGUCCCGAGACCUUCAGCUUCUCUGGCGAAGUAACCGUCACCACUGGAGGCGGUACUGGCAUUGUGACCAACGUCAUGGAAUGCUCUUUCACCCACACCUCUGAGUCUGUUUCUUGCUCAUACAGUGCUGCUGUCACCGCCUCUGCUGAUGGCUACACCUAUUCCACUUCCGUUUCUGAGACAAGCACUUCUGUUGAGCCUUCAUCUGUGCAUUACAGCCAAUUGACCAUCACCGAUGGCCUCUACGCUUUCACUGCCGAAGCGACGGCUUCUGCUUCUGCCGUUACGGUCACUGCCACUGGAGCUGCUCACCCUGCUAAGCCUUUGAUUACUGCUGCGCCAUUGGGAGCUGCUGCUGCUGCUGCUUUUGCUGCCAUGCUCUAG